AUGAGCUCCCUACCUGCACCACGCCGUAUUGUGACCUCCAACCUCGCGGUUCCGGAGGGUCUCAGCAAAGUUGAAGACUCAGAACCGGCGGUUGAAGUCGUCACCGAGGACCUGCCUCUUGUCUCAGAAUUAGACGGGCGAUGGUCCGGACGGCCCGUCUUCACCCACGACCGCGUACCAACAUCCAACGCUGGCUCCGAUAUCAGCGUAAAACCAAUCCCCGGUGGCAGUAUUCGCUUGCCCCGUGGAGCAAACAUCAGGUUCAACGAGGUCCCGCCCGGUGGUGGAACCCCCAUGCACCGGACCAGCACAACUGAUUACAACAUAUUUCUGACGGGCUCCGUGGUGCUCAUAACGCCAGCGGAGGCCUACGAUCCAGCCAAUGCCGACUCGGAGGGCAAGCUGCAGGAGUCGGUCUGUCGUCCUGGUGAUGUGGUCGUUCAGCGUGGCACGAUGCAUGCGUGGGAGAAUCGGUCAGGAGAGUGGGCGAGGUUUAUCUCGGUCAUCCUUGGGGCGGAAGACACGACGGUGGAGCGUGCGGAGGGAAUGUCACAGAAGCUGGCUGAUGUUUUCAAUGUUGUCCUUUAG